AUGGAUGACUGGAGUGGGAUUGACAAGAUUGACAGUUCACUUUGCAAAGCUUUGCGUGGUGUUUUCAGCUCACCUUUGCAUGUUUCUGCAGCUUUUGAUGAACUGGAAGCCGCACAGGGACUAGUGGAUGAUGCACUGGGUAAUAGCUACGGUGCUGCGAGGAGAGAUGCAAUUGCAAGAGCACUCUUGGAUUGGAAGGAUACCUCAGGUGGUCGGCUUGAGUUCAUGCGUCGAGAGGGCAUGCAGGAACGUGUAUCCCAUGGGAAGCUUGCAGAGCACUCCAGUCAUAUAAAUAGCAUAUCUGAUAGUUACGAUGGCAUAGUUGCAAGUAGCCCCAUGCUGGGUUUGGCUUCACUGGAGGGUCAGCUGGCGAAGCGUGCAAAGACUGGCAACACAGCCAGAGCAGAUGAGGAGGACAGAUCGAAGAAGAAAUGGGCCCUGCAUUUGGCUGAGAUAAUAGUGGAGGCCAAGCUUCCAGCAGUUGCGGCAUUCACUGGAUUGCCCAAUGCAAAUGCUCGUAUUUCAGAGGAUCAGCUAUGGCUGGAAUCAGUGAAGUCUUGGACUGCUGAGUUGAGUAGAGAUGCACCGCCAAGGCGACAGGCGGACCUGUAUACAGUUGCAAUCGCUGUGAGUUCAGAACUGACGCUUGCAAAUGAAGCGGCUCCACUUGGACAGAGAUUUUAUUCCUUUGUACUGCUCUUGCUCCUUUGGGGUACAAUGCGUUGUGAUGAUUUACAGAAUGUGGAUCCAGCUUCUUUGGAGUUGUCUCAGUUGGGACUACGUUUUGUGCUGCGCAGAACUAAGACUAGCGGUCCUGGAAAGCCUGUAGGUGAACUUCAAGGUUUCAUUGCGAGAGAUAUCAGUUUGUCAGGUGUUGAUUGGUUGCGUUUAGGCAUGGAGCUACUGGAAGAGGAAGAGUUGAAUUUUCCUAGGGAUUCCUUUGCGAUUGGUUUUGCAAAUGAAUGGGACAAACCUGAACGCAGUUUCCUGGAACCUGAGGGCUUAGCUACGAUGUUAAGGAAGCUGCUGUUGACACUCCCCGCGGUGGGGCGCAAGAUCAGCGGUCUGAGCCUCAUUCAGGGAACCAUGUUGAUUUCACCGGAAAUGGGUUCUUUCUGGACCGGUCACAGUGCCAGACACACCUUGCCGUCUUGGGCAGCUGCAGCAGGUGUCGGUAAAGAGGACCGUGACUACUUAGGUGGUGAGUUUCCCUUGCUUGACACGGGUCCAGUUGCGGCGCCCAUGGAGGUUGCACCUGAAACCGAGUCGUUUGAGCCCCAGGAUCCAGAUGUUUUGCCAGAGGCACCAUACUUUAUCACGAUUUGCAGAAAGACGCAUUUCCGACGUGUUACAGAGAAUGAUAUGCGUGCCUUCUUGCACGACAGAGUGGAAGCUGAUUUGGCAUACAUCUUACAAGAGAACGGUGUGCCAUUAGCCUUGCAGUACAAUCUCACCCAGGUGUUUGGCCAGCUCAGGCGCUUCAGUGCCAUUGCAGACACCCGACAGGGAGUGAGGCAAGCUUUGAGAGAUGAUUUGCAGGUCCAGGAAAACAGUUUGCAGAAUAGAGCUGCAGUGGCUGGAGUUGUAGCUGCUUGGGAAGCCUCCCGAGAGUAUGCAGCUAAGCAGGCAGAACUCAAAGCAGAAGCCAGGUUCCUAGGGGUCGCAAGGCCGGUGACUCAGACGGAUAGGGCAGCCAUGCGGGCAGCUUACAUUGCAACACAUGGAGAGAUCGAAGAGACGUACGAGCCUUCAGAUGACUAUCUUUCUUCAAAGAUUGAGGAAUUGGAAGCUCAUGAGCCAGUGGCGUCUUAUUUGAAUGAGGUCACUAGCAAGAAGACAGCCAAAACCAUGGGCAUUCAGACAUCCGUGGAUAGUUCAGGAAAAUCCGGACGGGCAGAAGAUGCCUCUUCGAACAACAAUCGCAACUGGCGCCGACCUGAGUUUCCUGGAGGCAAUGGGCCACCGAAUAAGUGGCACAAAGGAACUGGCAAGAAAGGUGGCAAAGGCAAGUCGAAACAACGUCAAGGAGGCAAAGAUUUGCCGACGUUGCGGGUGGUCUACUUGUUUGCAGGCGCAUCAAGGCGCGGAGACAUCAGACAGCAGCUGCAACUAUUGGCACAUGGCAUGUUUCACUUGGAGCUUAAAGAGCUCGAUAUUGAGCUUCACCAUUCCCAUGACUUGUCAAAGACAGAACUGUGGGAUGAUCUAUUCAAGGACAUUGAUCAAGGGCUUGUGGACGUUUUGUUGGUUUCACCACCAUGCAAUACAUUCAGCAGGGCAAGGCACCACUUUCGACAAGGAGGUCCAAGACCACUACGGUCAGCUACUUGGCCGUUGGGCUUCCCUUGGUUACGCAUGACAGAUCAAGAAACGGUGCAAACUGCAAAUUUCUUUAUUUUUCAAUGUUUGGAAGCUGCAAAGCGAAUGCAUGCGCAAGGACGGUUUUACUGGUGGGAACACCCUGAGGAUUUGGGAAAGACAAGGGCAGGAGAUUACCCUGCGUCAAUCUGGCAGUUGCAGGCUUUGCGACAGUUGGUGCAGGCGACACAGGCCGCUUCCUGGGCCAUACAUCAAUGCAUCUUUGGGGCUCCCACCUCCAAACCGACCAGGUUGAUUUCAAAUUUACCAAAUUGUUUGCAACAUGGUGUGAACUGGGCGACUUUUGAUGAAGCUGGCUUUUACACAGGACCAUUGGGGAAAUGUCCCCACAUCUCGCACCCACCACUUCUGGGAUUUAAUGUGGAAUUGCAGAAGUGGAACACAGCUGAUUCAGCGGCAUAUCCUGAAGAAAUGUGCAAAUCAAUAGCUUUGGACAUAAUCUCAGCGCUCCCACAGUGCAUGGCUGCGCAGGGGGUACAUGACACUGCAACAGCGCCUACUACAGAUACACCUACAACCACUGCACUUCCAACAGCCAAGACACCUGCCACCACUUCCACCAACCCUUCAACGGUCAUCCAGGACACCACAUCAACGACCUCUUCAACUGCGCUCCACAGGGGCAAGGGGCCUGUGUCUGGACCGACUGGAUUCAGUGAGCCAGCCAAUGGGGAAACUGAGAACGAAGGCAACAAGCCCCAUGGAGAGAUUUGGAUAUCAUCAGGUGAAGAUCAGAUAGCUGGAAGUGGGCAGAUGCAAGAGGAUAUGGUGUUUGACAGUACAACCUCUUCUUGUUUUGGACAGCCCAUCAUUUGCAGAUACGAAAGUUGCAAGAAAGAGUUCACUGAUGGCUUUGGAUUGUGCUCACCGGGCAGGUGGUUGCCAGGGGCUCGCAAUUAUCUGGCUAAAGGAGAUUGGGGACUUGCGGAAGGAAGCAUUUCGCUUGGCACUUGGGCAAAGCAGCAAUCCCCUUUUGGUCCGGAACAGUUGCAGACAUUGAGAAAGAAGAUAGCCACCUUGCUCAGACCGGGAGAUGAAGAUGCUUUACUUGUGCAGCCACCGCGGCAACCUUUCUUUCUUUAUUUGCUUGCAGAAUCUUUGAGGGAGCUGGAUGAUCCCGAUUGGGAGAUACUGGUCCAAGGUGAAGAAUGUUUUGCAAAGGGAGUGCCGCUUGGUGUGGAGACCGAGCUUCCAAGAACUCCCCAGGUGUUCAGGCGCAGAGAGAAGUUUAGGCAGCUGGACAUCACUGACUUUCAACCGGACAUGAAAAACUAUGCUACGGCAGAGCUUUCUUCGGAAGAGUUGGAGGCGCACUUCAGAAAGGAUGAAUUGCUGGGGAGGAUGCUUCCCACGACUCUAGCGGAGGCCAAGAUGGAGUACGGUGAAGAAGCAGUACUCAUUGCAGCAAUGGGAGCAAUACAGAAACCAGAUGGUAGUGUGCGCCCCUUGCAUGAUGGCACACACGGCAUUGGGCUCAACAACAAGAUCAAAAUACUUGACCGCCUGGAAGUUCCAGGACCAGAGGAGAUCAUAGAGUUGGUGGCCCUUGCAGCAGAGUCCCGUGAAGCUGCCUUCUGUCUUUCAGCAGAUAUAAGCCAGGCGCAUCGAUGCGUGCUCAUACGUAAGGCUGACUGGGCACGGUUAGCAUGUCGCUCAAAAUCAGAUUCACGAACAUUGUGGCUGAAUUGUGUUGGCACCUUUGGAGUUUCAAGCGCAGCAUACUGGUGGACUAGAUUAUUUGCUUGCGUGGGACGAUGGGUCCUAAGGAUUUUGGAUAGGAGACAGACGAUGCAGCUGGCAUACGUCGACGACGUGCACUUGCUUUGCCUGGGCCCACAGAAAUUUGUAGCACUCUGGCUGAGCAUACUGGCAUAUGAGAUCAUGGGCACACCAUUUGCGUACCACAAAUUCAGAGGUGGCCUCAAUGUGGAGUACGUUGGUUACCAGAUGGAAUAUGACCGACAAGUGGCAGGCAUUUCAAAGAAGAGAGCAGAAUGGGUCAUCAAGUGGAUCGAUGAUGCAGAAAGGAACGGAUGGAUGGUGCAAGGGAGAUCAUUUAUAGAGUUCACUGGAAGGUUGUCAUUUGUUGCGAGGGUGGUCACUUGGAUCAAACCAUUUCUGGCUCCACUCUUUGCUUGGACAUCGGUGCUUGCACGGGGAACCGUCACAAGGGUUCCCACCUUGGUCUUUAUUUCUUUGAGAUUUUUGCGGCGGCAGAUACAACACCAUGGACACUGGGUGAGUGCUGGCACCUUGGCAGUCUCCCAGUGA